AUACCAGCAGAUAAGCGUCGCAUAUAUAUAAGCGCGGCGCCUGUUAUCGCAGAAGUAAACUCAGUUACACUGAUCAGUCGGUCACGGCCAGCAGGAUGUCUUACGGCGGAGUAAACGAGAGCAUUCACGAAUAUGCGAAGCAAAAGAAUGCUGUUAUCGUCGAUCUACGAAGCGACACGCUUACGAAGCCAACCGAGGCGAUGAGGAAAGCUAUGUUCGAGGCGCUAGUAGGGGAUGAUGUCUAUGAGGAAGAUCCUACUGUAAAAGAAUUACAAAGAAAGGCUGCAGCGUUUCUUGGAAAGGAAGAUGCGCUUUUUAUUAGCUCUGGUACGAUGGGAAACCUGAUCGCUGUUAUGAAUCACUGCGAUGUGCGUGGUAGCGAAGUCUACUGCGGAAACCAGUCGCAUGUGUUCCUUCAUGAACAGGCUGGUGCGGCGCAGGUAGCCGGCGUGAGCGUCUUCACUCUGCCUAACAACGACGACGGUACGUUCGAUCUGAAGAGCCUCAAGAGCGCGAUUCGCGUAGAUCGAAUACACGAGCCGAUCUCGAAGCUGGUCACGGUGGAGAACACGCUCAACGGAAAGGUCGUACCUCAGUGGUGGAUCGAGGAAUUGGCGGUGGUGGCGAGGAAGCAUAAUCUUAAGAUGCACUUGGACGGCGCGCGACUGUGGAAUGCCUCGGUAGAGUCGAAGAUCCCGGCGAAGGAUCUGGUCGCUCCGUUCGACUCGGUUACGUUUUGCCUGAGCAAAGGACUGGGCGCUCCCGUGGGGUCCGUGCUCUGCGGAAGCAAGAGUUUCAUCGCUGACGCGAGGAGAAGGCGCAAGGUGUUGGGCGGCGCUAUGCGACAGGUCGGCGUGAUCGCCGCGGCCGGGCUCGUCGCCCUGGAGCAGACGGUGCCACGACUAGCGGAGGAUCACCGACGAGCACGGAUUAUCGCGGAAGCAAUCAAUCAGUUGAAUUCUAAGAUAUUCAGUGUAGACCUGAAAACCGUGCACACCAACAUGGUAUUCGUGAACGUGAAUACCGACAGCGGUAUCGUCGCCGGGACUCUCAUGACGAGGCUGCACGAAGUGAACGAUUCCUACGACGACGACAAGAUCAUAAUCAGAUGUCUGGCCCUCACGGAAAGCUUGCUCAGACUGGUUCUUUAUUACGACAUCGAUGAUUCGAUGGUGACUGCUGCUGUGCGUAAAUUAAAAUAUGUCAUCAAGCAAUUGGAUCCCCCCAAAGUAAAUCCCCCCUCCAAAAAAUUUAAAGAUUUACUUUUUCAGUUUUAAAAAAAAAAGCAAAUAAAAAAUAUUAUUACAGCAUCAAAUAUUAUCUUAGUAUGUAUUGAAAUUUGAAAUAUACGUGUAUACACUUUAUAUAUAUAUUUAAAUAAAGCAUUUUGAAUAGCUUGAUACUGAUAA